AUGAAACUAAACAGACUUAGCCAAAACCAAAUCGAUACAACUCUCCAAAAUUGGAGGCAAAAUCAACAAAAUAAUUCAAAUUUAAUUACUAACAAUAAAGCUACGAGCAGUGGUGGUAACUUACCAACAAUAAGAAAAUCAAUAAACUCUUAAAAUAAUGCUUAAAAUCACGCCAAUUCAGAUUACAUAGAUGAAAAGCCGGUCAAAAAUGGCAUGCCUUAUGAUCCUAAGAAUGAUCCUUAUUUGAGAAAAUUCUUUGCAAAACAUAAAGGAUUCCCAUCAAGAAACUAAAAAGUAUAAUUUUCAAGUGAUAACAUCAGAAACCUAACUAAACUUUCGAUGAUAACUCUCAAAUGUAUCAUCGUUACUAAAAUAACUGAAAUUAUGGGAAUAGCCAGAACCCAUAAGUCAAUAGGAGACAUUUGUUUAAUAAGUCACUAAAAUCUGACUCCAUACAACCACAGUAAUUUACCCAUUAAUAUGAGAUUAUAAGCUCCCGCAACUAAUCUUAAUAUGUCAUAUGAUGCUGCUGUGCAACCAUAAUACUUUACUUAACAACAGCCCUAACCUAUUAUCCUAGCUAAUCCAAAUGAUCAUCUAAGCUAUCUCAAUAACUCAAUCAACAUUAUAGAGUAACUCUAUGAUGAUUAGCCUUACUAUUAAAAUACCCAGCAAAUGCCCGUAUAUAUCCCACCUAGAGCUCAUUCCUAACUAGUAAGAUAAAGUUUACCACAGAACGAAGAGCAACUGAGUAGUAUGAUUAGAAAUCCGAGCUUAGAUUCUUUUUUCGAUUUCAAGAUAGACCAUGACGCACCAUUAAUGGAAAGUCCUGAACGAUAUGCAGAUACUAUUGAUGCACAAGUUAAAAAUCCAUCCACAAGCUUGUUAAGGCCAAUUUCAAAGCAAGACCUUGUAGAUACAUUUUAGAGUUUUAAAUAAUACUUGGAAUCAACAAACCCAUUGCUAUAAUAACCUUAACAAUUAGCUUAUCUUCCAUCUAAUCUUUAAUAACCAUAGCUCUAAAUCUAAUAAAAUUUAGGUCCUCCUCAAAAUAUCCACUAACUGCAAUUAAAUAAUCAAGCAUUGAUAAAGCAAAAUGAGCUUAAAUACCUCAAUGAUUAUACAAAGAGUGGCUUUUAAUUAAAUUCUUAGAAUUAAGUCACUAGAAAUCCAAACCUUGAAACUAAUGAGACGACAUUAUACAUUGAUAUGAAUUAGGAUUAUGAUACAAAUAAUACAAGUAGAGGAGGACUCGGAGGCGGAGACAAUGAAUUAGAGGAUGAUUAUGAUAAAAGGUAUAAUGCUGGCCCAAUCCUUGAUGCCUAGAGAUAUCUGAAAAGAGUAACAGUAACAUUUAGAGGUUUGUUAAAAGACAAAUUUUGGAGAUGA